UUCCACCUCCGCCGCACACGUUGUCUGCGUCUGCCCCCCCAUUCCUUCGCCUUGCUCGCUCCCGCGGGCUAAAUAAUAUCUCGCGCUGCUCCUCCUCCUCGGCCUCGGCUGCCGCCACUCCACUCCACUCCCCUCCACGCGCGCACUCGCUUCCCGUGGGCUGCGCCUGCGCGGGUGAAGGAGCGCGCGCGCGUACGUGCGGGCGGGCGGGCGGGCGGGCGGUUGGACUCGGAUCUGCGGCUGGGUGCGCGCGGGACGGGAUGGCGUCGUUCGCUGUGUCCGGCGCGGGCGCGAGGCUCGGGGUCGUGCGGCCCGGCGGCUCGGCGCGAUCUGGCGGCGGGGAGCGGAGGAGUGGGGUGGACUUGCCGUCGGUGCUCUUCAGGAGGAAGGACGCCAUCUCUCGUACCGUUCUGAGCUGCGCUGGUGCUCCUGGAAAGGUGCUGGUGCCUGGAGGUGGCAGUGAUGACGUGCUUUCCUCCGCAGAGCCUGUCGUGGACACUUCAGAGCAGCACGAAGAACUACAGAUACCUGAUGCAGAACAGGUUGUGGAGGAGAAAGCAUACUCAUCAGCAGCUCAAGCAACCUCAGCAGCGGCUGAAGAAAGCUCAGAAGUUGACGCAGCCAUCAAAGCCAAAGCACCACUCGUGGAGGAGAAACCACGAGUUAUCUCCCCACCAGGAGAUGGUCAGCGAAUAUAUGAGAUUGACCCAAUGCUGGAAGGGUAUCGGGGCCACCUUGACUACCGAUACAGUGAAUAUAAGAGAAUGCGUGCGGCUAUUGAUCAACAUGAAGGUGGCUUGGAUGCAUUUUCACGCGGUUACGAAAAGCUUGGAUUUACUCGCAGCGCUGAAGGUAUCACUUAUAGAGAAUGGGCUCCUGGAGCAUCCUCUGCAGCAUUAGUAGGUGACUUCAACAACUGGAAUCCAAAUGCUGAUGCUAUGACCAGAAAUGAGUAUGGCGUUUGGGAGAUUUUCCUGCCUAAUAACGCUGAUGGUUCCCCUGCUAUUCCUCAUGGCUCACGUGUAAAGAUACGGAUGGAUACACCAUCUGGUGUGAAGGAUUCCAUUCCUGCGUGGAUCAAGUUUUCUGUACAAGCUCCAGGUGAAAUACCAUACAAUGGUAUAUAUUAUGAUCCACCUGAAGAGGAGAAAUAUGUAUUCAAACACCCUCAACCUAAGCGGCCAAAGUCACUGCGGAUAUACGAAUCACAUAUUGGAAUGAGUAGUCCGGAACCAAAGAUAAAUACGUAUGCUAACUUCCGAGAUGAGGUGCUGCCAAGAAUUAAAAGGCUUGGAUACAAUGCAGUACAGAUAAUGGCAAUCCAGGAACACUCUUAUUAUGCAAGCUUUGGGUACCAUGUUACGAACUUUUUUGCGCCAAGUAGCCGUUUUGGGACUCCUGAGGACCUAAAAUCUCUGAUUGACAAAGCGCAUGAGCUUGGCUUGCUAGUGCUCAUGGAUAUUGUUCAUAGUCAUUCAUCAAAUAAUACCUUGGACGGUUUGAAUGGUUUCGAUGGCACUGAUACACAUUACUUCCAUGGUGGUCCACGGGGCCAUCAUUGGAUGUGGGAUUCUCGCCUAUUCAAUUAUGGGAGUUGGGAAGUUUUGAGAUAUCUACUGUCAAAUGCAAGAUGGUGGCUUGAAGAAUAUAAGUUUGAUGGAUUUCGAUUUGAUGGGGUGACCUCCAUGAUGUAUACUCACCAUGGAUUACAAGUGGCAUUCACCGGGAACUAUGGCGAGUAUUUUGGAUUUGCUACUGAUGUUGAUGCAGUAGUUUACCUAAUGCUGGUAAACGAUCUUAUUCAUGGGCUUUAUCCAGAAGCUGUAUCCAUUGGUGAAGAUGUCAGCGGAAUGCCUACGUUUUGUAUUCCUGUCCAAGAUGGUGGUGUUGGUUUUGAUUAUCGCCUUCAUAUGGCUGUCCCAGACAAAUGGAUUGAACUUCUGAAGCAAAGUGAUGAAUAUUGGAAAAUGGGUGAUAUCGUGCACACCUUAACAAAUAGAAGGUGGCUAGAAAAGUGUGUCACUUAUUGUGAAAGUCAUGAUCAAGCUUUAGUUGGUGACAAGACAAUUGCAUUCUGGUUGAUGGACAAGGAUAUGUAUGAUUUCAUGGCUCUGGACAGGCCUUCAACACCUGUCAUCGAUCGUGGGAUAGCAUUACAUAAAAUGAUUAGGCUUAUCACAAUGGGUUUAGGAGGUGAAGGCUAUCUAAAUUUCAUGGGAAAUGAGUUUGGGCAUCCUGAAUGGAUAGAUUUUCCAAGAGGUCCUCAAAGUCUUCCAAAUGGCUCUGUCAUUCCUGGGAAUAACUAUAGCUUUGAUAAAUGCCGUCGUAGAUUUGACCUUGGAGAUGCAGAUUAUCUGAGAUAUCGUGGCAUGCAAGAGUUUGAUCAGGCAAUGCAGCACCUUGAGGGAAAAUAUGAAUUCAUGACAUCUGAUCACUCAUAUGUAUCACGGAAACAUGAGGAGGAUAAGGUGAUCAUCUUCGAGAGAGGAGAUUUGGUCUUUGUAUUCAACUUCCACUGGAGCAAUAGCUAUUUUGACUAUCGUGUUGGUUGUUUCAAGCCUGGGAAGUACAAGAUCGUGUUAGAUUCUGACGAUGGCCUUUUCGGUGGAUUUAGUCGGCUUGAUCAUGAUGCUGAGUACUUCACUGCUGACUGGCCGCAUGACAACAGGCCGUGUUCUUUCUCGGUCUAUGCACCCAGCAGAACAGCCGUCGUAUAUGCACCUGCAGGUGAAGAGGACGAAUAGGGCACAACCGCACAACAGCGGUUAUCGGGGAAGAACUUCAGGAUGUACUCCACUGCUGGUGGCCUGACACCACUGCGAGAUGCGACCACGCGCGAUGCUGCCGGAUGUUGUCAAUCGAGACCGCGUGGCAGGACGAUCGGCUUAUUCAGGUGGAUAGGUUAGCUUAUCGAUGAGCUCUCGCUUUCGAGUGACUGGUGAAGGAAAUGGACCGCGCACACCAUGUGGUUUUGUACAUAUCGCAUCAGUAGGCAUCGUAUCAUUGAAUUCUCUGAAUCAAUCAUUUGCGCUAUACUGAUUAGCUGUGUUAAUAAGCCAGUGAAAAUCUGGUCUUUUGCUAAUUGCUACCAUAGCAAACUUCGGCGUGCUGCUGUGCUUCUCAAUACGGUGACGUCUGCGUAACUACGUCUCGUGCAUAUGCUCUUUGUGUACCCUACCUAUGGCUCUGUUCAUGUUAGCA